UGUCUGGGAGUUGUAGUCCGGUCCGGCGCGCUGACGCAUUUAGUCGCGGGCCUACGGUCGCCAUUGUACGCCGCGCGCGAGGGACUCUGCCCACCCCCCACGAGACACGUCGAGGAGGAAGGUAUGGCUUCCGGGCUUCCGACGGCCUGGUUCCGUGAACCAGUGACCUUUGAAGAUGUGACCCUGGGUUUUACCCCGGAAGAGUGGGGACUGCUGGACCUUGAACACAAGUCCCUGUACAGGGAGGUGAUGCUGGAGAACUACAGGAACCUGGUCUCAGUGGAACAUCAGCUUUCCAAGCCAGAUGUGGUGUCUCAGUUAGAGGAGGAGGAAGAGCUCUGGUCGGUGGAAAGAGGAAUUCUUCAAGACACCUUUUCAGGGUGUCCUGAGGCUCAAUUGGACCCUCAGUUGGGUCCUCUUCCUGCUGGGGAUCCCCUGAUGAAGAUCAAGGUUGUUGAAGUUCUUACACUGAACCAGGAAGUAGCACAUUGUCGUAAUGCCCAGAUCCGGGCCCUCUAUUCUAAAGAUGAGGGCCUGAGCCCAGAGGUCCUCAGAGAGCCCACUCAGCCAAGGAGCAGGCAUCCAACUGACCCUGAGGCCGCUCGCCAGAAGUUCCGGGGGUUCCGCUUUGAAGAUGCAGUGGGUCCCCACGAGGCCCUGGCCCAGCUGCGUACGCUGUGCCGCCAGUGGCUGCAGCCUGAGGUCCGCUCCAAAGAGCAGAUGCUAGAACUGCUGGUGCUGGAGCAGUUCCUGGGUGCACUGCCCGGGCAGCUGCGGGUGUGGGUGGAGUCACAGCACCCAGAAGACUGCCAGGAGGCGGUGGACCUGGUAGAGGACGUGACCUGGAUAUCUGAGGAGGAAGCGUUGACCUCCCAGGACCCCACCUGCUCUCUGGAGACCACAGCUCAACAGAAGGAAAAGGAGAAUGAGACCUGGCCAGCAAAGGCACUGCCUGAGGAACCAGUGACCUUUCUGGACGUGGCUGUGGACUUCAGCAGGGAAGAGUGGGGGCUGCUGGACCCAACACAAAGGACUGAGUACCACGAUGUGAUGCUGGAGACCUUUGGACACCUGGUCUCCGUGGGGUGGGAGACUACACUGGAAAGCAAACAGGUAACCCCAAAGUCUGACGUUCCUGAGGAAGACCCAACCUGCAAUCUAAAAAUGGAAGAAUUCUCAAGGGCCGAUGCCCAGUCCUCUACCUCAGGAGACGUCUUGCAGGGUGGGGCCCUGGAAGUACUGGACACAGCAUUGAAACAAGCGGAGCUGACUCAGGGGAAAACCCUCUCUCAGAAGCAGCACUCUCUCAGUGAAGGCCGCAAAGCCCAGGCAAAAAUAGGUCUUCACACAAGUCAUGUUUCACAUCUGAAAACCCUCCCUAGAAAAUGCUUGCGCAAGCGUGGCUCACGGGCUAAAAAGGUGAUGCACAAUUCCUGUGUAAGAAAUCAUCAGAAGAGCUGCAAAGGGGAAAAGGCUACGGAAAAUAGCAGUUGUGGGAGGACCCUCAGCCGGAGCACCCAACAGGUUACAUUUACGAGAAUUCACAAGGGGAGCCAAGUUUGCCAAUGCAGUGCUUGUGGUAAAACAUUCCGGAACCCGAGAUACUUUUCUGUACAUAAAAAAAUCCACACAGGAGAGAAGCCCUAUGUGUGUCAGGACUGUGGAAAGGCAUUCAUUCAGAGCUCCUCCCUCACGCAGCAUCAGAGAAUUCACACUGGAGAGAGGCCGUUUAAAUGUCACGAGUGUGGGAGAACUUUCAACGAUCGCUCCGCCAUCUCCCAGCACCUGAGGACUCACACAGGGGCCAAGCCCUACCAGUGUCAGAUCUGCAGAAAAGCCUUCCGCCAGAGCUCCCAUCUUGUCAGGCAUCAGAGGACCCACACUGGGGAGCGCCCCUACAUGUGUAACAAGUGUGGAAAGGCCUUCACCCAGAGCUCGCACCUCAUAGGGCAUCAGAAGACGCACAAUGGGAUGAAAUACAGAAAGAAACACCUACCUCAUAGCCCUCAGGCCUGUUGAAGACACACUGCCUUUUCUGCCCGAUCCUGCAUCAUAACAUGAACUGGCCUGGUUGUGAUUCGGAACUGAAUGUGAAAA